AUGGAAGCUGCAUGGGCCUUGAUUAUGAUGCGGAUAGUGAUGAUACUGGUUCUGACAUGGGCAUGGAAGAUUGUGAACAUGUUAUGGUUGACACCAAAGAGGCUUGAAAGGGUUCUGAGAGAGCAAGGCCUUGAAGGAAAUUCAUACAGGUUUUUGGUUGGGGACAUGAAGGAGUUUCUCAAGGCACGACACCAAGCCUUGCUCAAACCGAUGAAUCUCUUUUCACAUGACAUUGUGCCUCGUGUCACUCCCUAUUUCCACCACACUCUCCGAACAUAUGGCAUGUUUUUCCAUUCUUCUGCUCUUCCAUUGCACUGCCACUCAUCUUCUUACUCUUUUGCUUUUCACAAAGCUACUUCUUCUUUUAUGAUAUUCAACCUUCAUUAA